UUUAUUGCGCCGCUUUCAUUCACUUGCCAGCUACCCGGUAAGCUGCAACUGUACGCACCUUGUAUCAGUGGCGGGCACCUUUUCCAUCAUCUCCAAAGGGUCGGACACUUUGAAGAAGACGCAGGCCGAAUAUACGUCGCAGAGAUCAUCAGUGGGUUGGAAUAUCUACACGAUACUCUGGAUACUGCCUUCUGGCUGAGGUCUGGAGACAUCUUAUUAGAUCUCCAAGGGCAUGUUACUUUGUGCAACUUUGGCUUUUUUCUUCGAUCUGACGAGGAUGAAGAAACCAGUGCACGGCGACUAGAAUAUCCUCCUCCGGAAUCACUUAUCGAGGAAAACAACAGCACGCAAACCGUCUGUCGCGACAAAGACGGAUACAAGAUCGCCAACUGUUGGACACUAGGGGUCCUCUUGUAUGAAAUGCUUACGGGGAUGCCCCCGUUCUACAGCGAUGACCCCGAGACAAUACGGACGAGGAUCCUAGAUCAUUACAUCACUCUUCCUGAAUCUUUGAGUCCCUCGGCUCGAGAGCUUUUGGUGCAGCUUUUGGAACCCAAGCCUAAGCAGCGGCUCGGAGCAGGUGGAGUUGCAGAGACUAAAGCACAGGCCUUCUUUAGCAGUAUUAAUUGGCAUAAAGUGCUGCAACGGGGCUAUACGCCCACUUUAGUCCCUAAUGAUGAUACGAGCUGUUACAAGCAUUAUGGGGUGGAUUAUCCUUAUGAACUGCCCCUGUCGUACUAUGAAGCAAUGCGGAGACAGUUUGCUGGAUGGUCGUAUAAGGGUAAAAAACCACAAUUUGAAAUCCCGGUUGAAAUAACGUCUGCACUAUCUUGUUCGAAAGCUUCCGCUCUCACCGUCUCGCGCAACGAUGACUGGCAGCUUGUGUGGGAUAGCACAGCACUGGAAUUUCGCUUCCACAAUCGGCUGACCGAAGAGGAGAGUCUGAUUCCUUUUCGACGGGAAGAUCACCGCCCUAGUGAUGGAGAGGAAAUACUCUCGCACGCCAAUACUACACCCUCGCCGAAUCGAUACCAGAUGCUCGCCGCGCUCGAGGCUGCCAUGAUCAACGGCUACGACUGCGCAACCCUGCAACUUUUAGAUUACACAGUCGACCUAAACAUUGCUUUUGGACACAAGGGCCUGUACUGCACACCCCUUCAAUGGGCUGUCAUGUGGGACAAAUCCCAUCUCGUCCAGGCAUUCCUGGAUCGCAGCGAAGCGAGCCCGGAUCCUAGAGCGGCCACUCAAGCCCUAGCUCUUGCCGUGGAAAAGCAAAACAUCGAGAUCAUCGACAUCCUCCUCGACGCAGAUGUGCAGUGCAACUUCCGUAAUGCCGAUAUCCCCCGAACGAAAGGCCUCAUGUUGAGAUAGAAGGGCAACUCUUCGAUAGGGGCGUGGGUUUUACGCCGCCGCUU